CCCGUCACACACACACACACACUUCACACACACACACACACGCUCAGCCCAAGUGAUUCAACCCUGAUUUCCAAGCGAACAAGCGAGCAACAAGACAGGAUGCCAAAAAGUGCAGACCAGAGGGGAGGUUUUACGCGCUGAUCGGGCUUCUUCGAGAAGAAAGCCGGCGGAAGAAGGUGCAGCAAGUGAAGAAGACGAAAGAAAGGCGCGUUGUUUCUCCCGCUGCAACUUGCGCUCAGUGCCAGAGUUUUUAGCGGCAGUAUUGUUCCGACUUCACUCCAGAGGGGCCACUCCGAGGAGAGAGGACGCACACAAAAGGGGGGAAUAGGAAAAGGGACUUAACGAGCACGCUUUUUCUCCGCUUAAAGAAGUAAUGGUCUUAAGACCCUAGAUUUCUCUGUCUCUCGCUCUCUUUUCCUCUCUAUUGUUUUUUUUCCCUUCCCCCCCUCCACAUUUUAUGUAUAUAUUUUUUAAUUUUUUCGCGUCCCGUCGGCUUGUGCGCCCCCCCCCUUGUUUGUCGCCGUGAAGAAAGAGUGUGGACGCGCCGGGGUCUGAGGAGCAGAAGCGGGCUGUCCACAUGGUCCAACCGCUGGCGUGAAAGUUGACUUCUUCAGAAACCCAGAGAACAGGUGCCAGUGAUGAUGGUGGAAUCAGCCUCUGAGACCAUUCGAACAACACCGUCCAACCAAAAUGGAGUCAGCAGCCUAAGCAGCCAAUCUGAUGGAGGGGGAGGCAGAGAGGGUGGGUCCAAUGGAGACACCAAUGGGGAGAUCAGUCCGGUCGACUUACUGCACCUGCAGCAGCAACAGGCACUCCAGGCAGCCAGACAGUUCCUCCUCCAGCAGGCCUCUGGUCUCAACUCCCCUGGCAGCAACGAGGUCAAGCAGAGCCCCGUGCAGGUUCCCGUGUCCAUGGCCAUGAUGAGCCCACAGAUGAUCACUCCUCAGCAGAUGCAACAGAUCCUUUCCCCCCCUCAGCUCCAGGCCCUGCUGCAGCAGCAACAGGCUCUCAUGCUACAGCAGUUACAGGAGUACUACAAGAAGCAGCAGGAGCAGCUGCAUCUCCAGCUUCUGACUCAGCAGCAGCAGCAACAGCAGCAGCAGCAGCAGCAGCAGCAGCAACAGCAGCAGCAGCAGCAGCAAGCCGGGAAGCAGGCGGCAAAAGAGCAACUUGGCAGUAAGCAGCUGGCCUUCCAGCAGCAGCUGAUCCAGAUGCAGCAGCUCCAGCAGCAGCACAUCCUCAACCUCCAGAGACAGGGCCUGGUUCCGCUGCAGCCCACCGCCGCCAUGCAGUCUCUUCAGCAAGCAAUGUGUCCGUCAGACCUCCAGCAACUGUGGAAGGAGGUGUCUGGAGUGCCGAGCGCUGAGGACGCCCUUAAACAGGCCGAGGGCCUGGACUUGAGCACUAACAGUUCUAAUUCUACCUCAGCCUUCCCCAAAGCUGCCAGUGCUCACAUUCCACUGCACAGCCUGCCCAACGGACAAAACCACACCCCAAAGAGAGACAGAGCCCGACUGUUUGAGUGGAUAUCCUCCUUCACCAAGGCAGACAGCGGAGAUGACCACGUUCCCCUUUACUCCAAAGGCAGCCAGCCUCCCAGCAGCCAUCAUGAGGAGCUCAGCAGCUCCCACCCCCUCUACGGUCAUGGAGAGUGUAAGUGGCCAGGCUGUGAAGCACUGUGUGAGGACAUGGGACAGUUCAUCAAGCACUUGAACAACGAGCACGCCCUAGAUGACCGCAGCACUGCUCAGUGCAGAGUCCAGAUGCAGGUGGUUCAGCAACUGGAGAUCCAGCUGGCGAAGGAGAGCGAGCGACUUCAGGCCAUGAUGACCCACCUGCACAUGCGCCCCUCAGAGCCAAAACCUUUCAACCAACCUCUGAACCUGGCUUCCAGCGGCUCCCUGUUAAAGAGGGACAGCGAGGCCUACCCAGAGGGUCUACCCCACCCUCCCACCUCAGCCGCCACCCCAAUCACGCCACUGCGCCAGGGACCCUCCGUCAUCAGCUCUUCCAGCCUGCACACACACUCCCACUCCCACACGCACCCGGUUGGCCCCAUACGUCGGCGCAACUCUGACAAGUACUGCACCCCUAUUGCCUCAGAGCUCGCUCAAAACUGUGAGUUCUACAAGAACGCUGAUGUCAGGCCUCCGUUUACCUACGCCUCUCUUAUACGUCAUGCCAUCCUGGAGUCCCCAGACAGACAGCUGACUCUAAAUGAGAUCUACAACUGGUUUACACGAAAGUUUGCAUAUUUCAGGAGAAAUACUGCCACGUGGAAGAACGCCGUGCGCCACAACCUAAGUCUGCACAAGUGCUUCGUUCGCGUGGAGAACGUGAAGGGGGCCGUGUGGACCGUGGACGAAGUCGAAUACCAAAAGAGGAGACCACCAAAGAUGACCGGAAGUCCCACUCUGGUGAAAAACAUGAUUUCAGGCCUGGGUUUCGGAUCCCUAAACGCUAGCUACCAGGCGGCUCUGGCAGAGAGCAGUUUGUCCCUGCUGAACAGCCCCCCUCUGGUGACCCCUCCGUCUGCAGCCAGCCUCAACAUGCUGCACGUGGGCCACGACGAUGUCAGCUCCACCGUGGAGCAGGUCAACAGCAAUGGCAGCUGCAGCCCCACGCUCAGCCCUCAGCAGUACAGCCACCCGGUUCACGUGAAGGAGGAGCCGACUGAGGUGGAAGAGGACAGCCGACCAGUAUCCCUCCUGGCCGGCGUCACACACAGCCUGCCACUGCCAAGCGACGAACGCGAUCUGGAGGAAGAUCUUCCCACCGAGGAGCUGGAGUAGGACGCGCCUGACCAAUGGAUCAACGGGCCGGGACUUCUCUCAGAUCAGUCCUACGGCCCUCUCAUCAGCAUGAAGAGGAGAAACAGCAUCCGUACACUUAAGAGAAAAGAGAGGGAGUGGGAAAAAAAGAGAAUGUUUUUAUUUUUUAAGUUUGUUUUAAAGAAAGUUUGAACAACAGAGAAUGACAUUGAGGAACUCAAAAAAAACAAAAAAACAACAAAAAAAAA